AACGUUUCCGCCGUGGGCGAAGCGCCAAACUAAUGUGACCCCACAGCUGUUAGGCUUGUGACGUACGACGUGAAUGUAAUAAGUGUUGAUGAUGGAAACCGCUGACGGCCGCUCUCAGGUGGAAAACACAGAUGUAUUCCUGCCCCUGUCAUCGCUGCGGCUGCUGAUCCCCCCCCUGCGGCUGCUCUCUGCGGCGAUGUGGCAGGUGGCCCAGCGGCGAGACGUUCUCGAUUACGAAAAGCUGGAGGAGUUUGUGUCACUGGUGACGGCCACCGUUCCCGACCUGCUCACUCCGAAGCAACGGGGCAAACUGCUGCUCCGACUGCGAUCGCGGAUUAUUCUUGAGCUGUGUAGAAAUGAGGAAACGGCCAACGUGUUGUGUGUAGAGUCUCACCUAGAACGAAUCCGCCCACAAGGACACACAGGGAGUGGAGAUGCAGAGGUGGACGCAGAGGAGGCCAUUUUCAUGGAGCUCAUCCAAACUCUCCUCAAAGACCCAGCGGAGCGGGAGCAUUUUUACCAGGAGGUCUUUCCAACAGAAUACGGCCUCAGCUAUGACACAGACAUGCAGCUGCUCGUUUGGGAGUUUCUCUCCAAACUGGAGAAACUCCUGCCAGUGCCAGACCUCGGUCAGACAGUUUUGUGGUUGACCUCUGCCCCCUCCGUACUGAGAGACUGCCUGCAGGCGCUCUCCAACCCUGAUGACCUGAGGUCUCUCUUGCAACACCAUAAAAGCCUAGAACGCCUUGGCGCACAAGGUACCACUGUGGAGAUGUCCACCCAGGUCUUUGCCUGCUCCGAGUGUCCGUUCUUCCACAUGCAGGAGUCCUACCUGCUGCAGCACAUCGAGCACAGUCACCCAGAGAACUACAGCAAAUUCCAGAAGGCCGCGGAGACCGCAGAGGCCCCCAGGAAGAGGGUCCGGUGCCCCGAGUUCCCAAAGCCAUUCCCCAUCCACGACAGGCCUGACCCUCACAUGUGCCGGGAAUGUGGCAAAACUUUCACCCGCGCCUCAGACGUGACUCGUCACCAGCGGACGCACACGGGCGAGCGCCCAUACACCUGCGGGGAAUGCAAGAAGGGGUUCAAGAACUCGUGGGAUCUGACCAGACAUCAGCGCAUUCACACCGGAGAGCGACCCUUCCUCUGCUCCCAGUGUGGCAAACGGUUCACGCAGAUGGGUCUGCUCAAACUGCACUUUGAGCGGACCGCCUGCGGCCAGAAGUGCAACCCUCCGCUAGACUUAACCACAGAGGUUGUCGUAGCAGAGGAGACUUCAGAGAAAGGCGGCGGCCAGUACAAAUGUCAGAAAUGUGGCGAGAGCUUCAGGAGCAUCCUGGAGCGGCUGAGGCACAGGCAGGGCCAUGUGGUGCGGCGUCAGUACAAAUGCUCUCAGUGUGAGAAGAUCUAUGGCCGAGCGUCAGAUUUGAAGAGACACCAGAUGAAUCACACCGGUGAGCGGCCGUUUUCCUGUGAGUGCGGCAAAGGCUUCACACAUGUGUGGCUCCUGAAUAAGCACCAGCAGAUCCACACCAGGGAGCGGCCGUACCCGUGUGCCGAGUGUGGGAAGAGCUUCACGCAGCUUCAGAUACUUAACAGGCACCUGUUGACCCACAAUGGUCAGCGACCUUUCCAGUGCUCCUACUGUGAGAAGGGCUUCACCCAGCUGGCCAGCCUCACACGCCACGAGAGAAUCCACACAGGUGAGCGGCCAUACGUCUGCGUCACCUGCGAGAAGACAUUCCUCACACACGGAGAGCUGGGCAGACAUCAGCGCAGCCACAGCAACUUUAGGCCCUUCAGUUGCUCCCAGUGCCCCAAGAGCUUUAAGACCAAGCGUGCGCAGAGCGAACACCUCAACACGCACACCGGCGAGCGUCCAUUUGUGUGCGCGCGCUGUGGGAAGAGUUUCGCCAAGUCGACCUCCCUCGUGCGGCACAAUCUGACACACACAGGCGAGCGGCCCCACCAGUGCUCCCAGUGCGGAAAGACCUUCCUCACGUCUGGUGAGCUGCUCCUGCACAAACGGAUCCACACGGGAGAAAGGCCUUAUCCCUGCUCCUACUGCGAGAGGAGGUUCAGGUGCUCGUCCGACCUCAACAUGCACACCCGAACACACACUGGGGAGAAGCCGCACAGCUGCCUGCUCUGUAAGAAGGGCUUCUCUACGUCUACGAGGCUGAAGAGACACAUGCGCACACACACGGAGAAGGGCGCCAUUGUGGAAUCAUUUCAUCUUUGAGCUGUCAGGGGCUGAGGACGUAUUUAUUUUAACAUUGGGAUUGUUAUAAUUAAAAAAUCCAAAAACUGAGUAGUUAAAUAUUUUUUUAUUUUGGUGAUGCACUGUUACGUGAAUAUCAUCUUGGGGAAAUUGUAAUCGUGUAUGAUCUGAACAAAAAGAAAGAUACAAAAUGUUAACAUGAUUUUAGCAGCUUACAAUGAGUGUAUUCAACCUCCUGAUAAGAAUCAGAUGUAAUAAUUGCAAACCUCAUAAACAAACAAAAGCAUCUUCAGUGCAAUGAAAGGCUUUGUUAAGAUAAAUGGAACCAGUCUAGUGCUUCAAAUAUUAACGUAAUAAUAGUAUUCUAUCCAUCCAACAAAGUUCGGAAAGUCUGUGGGUCUUUCUGGCUUAUGACCCUUUAAAAUUAGGCAUGAUUGGGUUUUUCUUUUAGAAAACUGGCAAUAAUUAUAGAUGCAUGUUAGAAAUGUUGCUGUGUAUUCUUUUCUGUCUUGUUUUCAUUUAUCCCUCCUGACCCCAGGAAUCUCACUAAACAAAAUUAUUAAAAGUUAGCAAGCCCAGUAAAGGGCUGUGAAAACAGUCGAGGAAUUAAAUUUGAGUUUAUUAAAGGAAUACUCCAUUCAA